AUGCCUUCAGACUGCAAAUACAGCCCCUUCUGUGAAAACCUGCACCCUUUGGGGUAUUUCACGGGACACUUGGCGAGCGGCAAACAUUUGCACACCUGUGUUACCGCUGAAGACAGCACCACGUCUGAGGUGCUGCUGGCGGCCAGACAGGCUACUGCUGAGGGCAGCGCUGCAGAGGAAGACAACACUGCAGGCAGCCGCGGGGACUCGGCGGCCCCACCCCGGCCCGGGCGCGCGCGUGCGCGGAGGGGAGGCCGGCGGGACGGCGCGUGGCCGGCGCCGCGGCGGGCGGUGCGCAGGGGCUGGAUGGCGCGCGGCGGAGCGCGCCCGACGGCGGCCCUGGGCCUGGCGCUGCGCCUGCUCCUCGGCUUCGGGCUGGGCCUCCAUGCCACCCCGAUCCCGGUGCCGACCCGGUCCUCCGCGCGGGCCCAAGACCCCAGCACAGGCUCGUGCCCGCCCAACAGUCUUCAGUGCCGCACCAGUGGCUUCUGCAUGCCCCUCUCCUGGCGCUGCGAUGGGGACCGCGACUGCCUGGAUGGCAGUGAUGAGGAGGAGUGCAGGAUCGAGCCAUGUGCCCAGAAUGGGCAGUGCCCACCACCCUCUGGCAGCCCCUGCUCUUGUGAUGGCAAUGACUGUCCCGAUGGCAUCAACAAGAACAGUGGCAACUGCACCCAGCAAUCCUGUCCUGCAGGGGAGCUGCGCUGCAAGCUGGGCGGUGACUGCAUCCCACACACAUGGCUCUGCGAUGGUCACCCGGACUGCCCGGACUCCAGUGAUGAACUUGGCUGUGGAAGUGAGGCCCUCCAGGAAGAGAAUGCCACAUCCAUGGCGACCCCGGUGACCCUGGAGAGUGUCACCUAUCUCAGGAAUGCCACAACCACUUCGACUGGGGACUCAGACCAGUCUGGAACUCGAAGUGCCUAUGGGGUCAUUGCAGCUGUAGUGGUGUUGAGUGUGGGUGUGGCCGCCACCGCCAUCCUGGCAUUGUCCCGCCUCUGGGCCCCGGGGUGCCUGCACCCCCUGGGGCUGCUGCUGGUGGUGAAGGAGUCCCUGCUGCUGCCGGAGAGGAAGACCUCGCUGCUCUGAGGACACGCCCUUCCUCAGGCCCCUGGCGCUGAGUGUGGCAGCUCUGGGACACACACUAGGCUGCUGGGGUGCAGCCCUUGCACCUGGGUGCCUCUGUCCAUGCAGCACCUCCGUCCUGUGCUCCUGCAGAUGUGGCCCGGGAACCAGGAGACCUGGCUCUCCCUGGGUGCAGCAAGCCUGGGUGGGAAAUGUGCUCUGAUCGAACAGGGUGCUGGCUAGACCCCUCUAGGGGUGACCCUACAUUUAGACACUCCUGCUGCCCGUUUUGGGAGUGGUGAUUAAAGUGCUUCACACCCUCUGCUUGCCUCUGGCCUUCUGUGCCUUCUCCGUCUGCUGAGACAGCCUGGGGUCUCUGCAGUUCCCCUUCUGGAGCCCCAGCUCAGGGCACCCCUUGCCACUCUGC